GACAUUCAACAAAAGCUCAAAGGAUUUUUAGUAGUAUAGAAAAUAAUAAGAAUAACCAGCAAUUAUCUAAAACUACGAAGCAAAGAUAUAUUAAAUAUACAUAUUGUCAAGAAAUUGGUCAUAAUAUUAGGUGUUGCAAGACAAGGCUUGCUGAUGAAGCUAAUUAG